GUCAAGACUCAUGCUUACUGGAACGAUGUGGACGCGGAUGCAGAGAUGCGGUAUCGCAGGCGGGGGGACCCUUUGGUUCUUAACUGUCGACCGUGCUGAGCAGUGAGGGGCGGGUGGUCUCGACUCGACUCUCGUGCCAUUUUCCUCUCCGUCCUUGCUGUCAAACUAACUCUUCUUCCCCUUCCUGCUUCUCUUCUCCUGGUCACCUUAUUUCCCGUGUAAGUCCACGAACGGCCCUCGUUCACGCUAUUCAAGAUGCCAGGCAAGCGCCCCAACUUCCUCAUCUGCCUCGCCGACGACCUUGGCUUCUCGGACGUCGGCUGCUUCGGCGGCGAGAUCAGCACGCCCAACAUUGACAAGCUCGCGCGGGAGGGCAUCCGGUUCACCGACUUCCACGCGGCGGCGGCGUGCUCGCCGUCGCGGGCCAUGAUCAUGACGGGCACCGACCACCACAUUGCCGGGCUGGGCAACCUGAUCGAGUGGACAAACAUCUCGGCCCAGAACGACCCCAACGGGACCAUGUCGACGGCCCCGCAGCGCGGCAUGCCGGGCUACGAGGGCUACCUCAACGAGCGGGUGGCCGCGCUGCCCGAGAUCCUGCGCGACGCCGGCUACCACACGGUCAUGGCGGGCAAGUGGCACCUCGGCCUCACGCCCGAGCGCAGCGCCAAAGCCCGCGGGUUCGAGCGCAGCUUCGCCCACCUCCCGGCCUGCAGCAACCACUACGCGUACGAGCCCCGGAUGGAGGGCGAGGACCAGAUCCCCGAGUUCAUGACCAUGAGCUACAUUGCGCUGCACCAGGAGGACGGCGAGUACGUCCGCAAGCUGCCAGACGGGUGGUACUCGUCGGACGGCUACGGCGACAAGAUGCUCCAGUACCUCAAGGAGUGGAAGCAAGAUAAGGACGAGAGGAGCAGCAGCAGUGCAGGCGAGCAGGAGGACAGGCCAUUCUUCGCGUACCUGCCCUUCACCGCACCCCACUGGCCUCUCCAGGCACCACAGGAGUACAUCAGGAAGUACCGGGGCGUCUACGACGACGGGCCCGAGGCGCUGCGCCAAAGGCGCCUCCAGAACCUCAAGGACCUGGGCAUGAUUCCGCAGGACGUGGAGCCGCACCCCGUCGUGGCCGACGAGGUACCCGCCUGGGAGUCGCUCACGGCCGAGGAGCGCGCCAACUCGUGCCGCGCGAUGGAGUGCUUCGCGGGCAUGGUCGAGGCCAUCGACGUCAACGUCGGCAAGGUCACGGCGUACCUCGAGGCCGUGGGCGAGCUGGACAACACCUUUGUGUGCUUCCUCAGCGACAACGGGGCCGAGGGCGCCGCGUACGAGGCCUACCCGCUCGUCAAGAGCAGCAUGCUGGGCCACCUGCAAAAGUACUACAACAACCACAUUGACAACCUGGGCAACGGCGACUCGUUCAUCUGGUACGGCCCCCGCUGGGCGCAGGCCGCCACCGCGCCCAGCAGGCUGUACAAGGCGUAUACGACCGAGGGAGGCGUGCGUGUGCCGUACGUCAUGAAGCCGCCCGUCUCGUACAACCACAAUAACGACAACGACGAUAAUAAGCAGAGGGACACGGCGACGAGCUCGAAAGACCUGGCGGGAAGCAUAACCCACCAGUUCGCCACGGUCAUGGACCUCGCGCCCACAAUCCUCGAAAUGGCCGGCGUGGCCCACCCGGCACCGACAUACCAGGGCCGCGAGGUCGUCCCGAUGCGCGGCAAGUCCAUGGUGCCUUACCUCACCGCCGGCGAGGCCACCACGAUCCACGAAAAGGACUUCAUCAACGGGUGGGAGACGUGCGGCCGCGCCGCGUGCCGCAAGGGGGAUUGGAAGAUCGUCUUUAUCCCCAAACCCAAAGGUCCGGAGAAGUGGCAGCUGUACAACCUCGCGCGGGACCCGGGAGAGGUGCACGACCUCGCGGAGCAGGAGCCCGAGCGGAUGAAGGAGCUGAUCAGGCUGUGGGAUCAGUAUGUCCUCGAGACCGGGGUUAUCCCGCUCAGCCCGGAGCUGGGACAGUGGAUGGCGGCGAUGGAGGAGCAGAUGCCCGAGAACGCCUGGAUCGAGUAUGAAUACUGGAAGGACGGGGCGAGGGACGACCCGGAGAGGUUUACCAAGAAGAUCCCCCGGUUCCAGAGGAGGGUUGCUGCUAUCUGAGCGUGGAUGUUGUGUUGUGUCAAGGUGGCUCGUGGUUGCCGGGGGAAAGAUUCGCGAAAGAAAUGCAAGUUUAGACAUCAAGAUGUGGAAUCUGCAAGUUCUCUAUGAUGG